UUUGACACAUGCAUGAUGUUGUCUGUCAUUCCGCUGACAAAAUUAAAACCCACUCGUUUUCGUGUUUGUUUAAAUAAGAAAAAUAGCUAAACAUGCAUAAAAAGUGUUACGAAAGUAGAUCUAUGCGUAUUUUAAAACUGGUUAACAAAAAUAACGAGGAGAAUAACAUUAAUUCUUAUCAUGAAAACAAAGAAGACGGCGACGACGAAUUGUGCAACAGUGAUUCUAUUCUAUCAGAGAGUAACCGCAUAGUACUUACUUUUGAGAAUACUGUCUUGGAAGAAGGAACUAGUUCACAAAUAGUGCAUCAUAAUAAUCUGUUAAACAAUGUUAUAUUAGCAGAAGAGUCAGAAGUUGACGAAGACUUUUCAGAUGGUUCAAAUGACUUAUACGUUCCUGAAUCCUCUGAUAUUUCAACAGACGAAAUUCCUGACAUUCCUCCUCAAUCUGUUGUCAGUAUUACAACAUUAAGUUCAAGACAAGAUGAUACAACCAUUCAUGCUCCAGUGAAAUCUAAAAAACGGCUGCGUCAGCCUAUGAAUUGGCAUAAAAAUAUUAGAAAAAUAAAGCGUAAUUCUGGCCAAUGUUAUACAACCAGCUCUGGUAAAGAAAUUUCUGGUAAGAAAGUAAAAAGUAGCUGUACUGAAACAUGUAGGCUUAAAUGCUCAUCAAAAAUAAGCGACAGUGAGAGGCAACAAAUUCAUUUGAGUUACUGGGCUCUAUCAGAUGUUGAAAAACAACGUGAGUUUUUAGUUAGACAUAUUGAACCUAUCAAGCCUAAAUAUACAAUGAUAAAACCUGGAAGUAAGAGAACAUACAAUAAUGGAUAUUACUUUAACAUACAAAAAAAUAGAGUGCAAGUUUGCAAGACAUUUUUCAAAAAUACAUUAGACAUAAAUAAUAGAGUCAUACAUACAGCUACAAAGAAAAUAUCAAAUACUGGGUUUCUAGAGAAAGAUAAAAGAGGUGGUCAUAAAAAUUCUGGUAGACCAAGAAUUGAAGAAGAAAGAAAAAAUUUUGCUAGAAGGCAUAUAGAACAAUUUCCCCUCAUAGAUUCACACUACUGUCGAGCACGAACUCAAAGAAAAUAUUUAAACGGGGAUUUGAAUUUGUCAGAAAUGUACAGAUUGUAUCUUAAAAAGUGCAUAGAAGAAAAUAUUCAACCUAUUAAAAAACAUCUGUAUGAAACCAUUUUUAACACUGAGUACAAUAUCUCAUUUUUUCAACCGAAGAAAGAUAUCUGUGGGUUUUGUGAUAAUUUUAAAAAUCUAUCCGUUGAAGAAAAGCAACAGAAAGAAGAGAGUUAUAAUUAUCACAUCAAUGAGAAGAAUCAAAGUCGCAUAGAAAAAGAAAAUGAUUUAAAAUCAUGUGCCAGCACUACUGUAGUUUCGUGUUUUGACUUGCAAGCUGUUCAAACUGUUCCCAGUGGAGAUAGAAGCGAUUUUUUCUACAAACGAAGACUGUCUUGUUAUAACUUUACAAUUUACGAGAUAAACAACAAGCAAGGAUACUGCUUUCUUUGGCAUGAAGGACUGGCCAAUAGAGGUGUGAAUGAGAUAGGCAGUUGUUUAAUGAAGUACCUAAGGGAUCAUGUUACUGCCAAGGAUGUCAUAUUCUACUCCGACAAUUGCCCAGGGCAAAAUAAGAAUAAGUUUAUGUGGGCACUUUAUUCUUAUGUUGUCAAGAACACACAAAUUGAGUCAAUAACCCACAAGUUUUUUGUGGUAGGACAUACACAAAAUGAGGGGGAUGCUAUGCAUGCCCUGAUAGAACGCGAGAAAAAAAGAUGCUUAAAGGGUGGGCCCUUGUAUGUUCCAACACAGCUAACCCCAAUAAUCAAUCUAGCCAAAAAGAAUGGUAAACCCUACAUUACCAACGAGUUUCGUGAUUUUUUAAACAUUAAAUCUCUUGUCAAAAACACAGAUAAUUUCACAAAAAACAGUCAAGGAGAAGCUGUUAAAUGGAGUAAUGUACACAUUGUUCAACUAAAAAAAAAUGAACCUAACAAGAUAUUUUACAAAAUGUCUUUCUUUGAUGAUGAAUUCAAAGUAAUUGAUGUUGAUAGAAGGACGAGAAGGCAACAAGCAACAAUUACAGAGUUAAAACCAGCAUACAACAAUCCACCAGGUAUUUCAAAAUUGAAGAAAAAGGACUUAUUAGAUUUAUGCAAAUCAGGAGCAAUUCCACAAGCUCAUUGGAACUUUUAUGAAAAUCUACCUACAGUAUCUGAAGAAAGAACUCAGGAAGAUGACUCAGAUUAAAAAAAUCUAUUUCUUUUAAUUAUUAAGUAAUUAAAACAACAUUUUGAUUUCAA